AUGGCUGACUCGCUCUCUAUCUAUGACGAAAUCGAAAUCGAAGACAUGACCUUCGACCCUGUGCUUCAGAUAUACCACUAUCCAUGCCCCUGCGGGGAUAGGUUUGAAAUCGGUCUUGCAGACCUGCGUGAUGGAGAGGAGAUCGGGAUUUGUCCCAGCUGCAGCCUGAUGAUCAGAGUCAUCUUCGAUGAGGCUGAUCUGCCAAAGGAUGACAGCGCUGAUAAUGGGGGAGUGGCUUCUGCUAUUACUGCAUGA